AUGUUUAUGACCCCCAGAAGUUUUCCAUUUACCCUCACGGCUGCUACAAUUUGUUUGAUGUCAUUGUCAUAUUCCUCCAUGACCCCUUUGCUGUUGCUUGCCAGUUUUCUCCCGAGGCAUGCGAUGAUCGUGGCAGGUUCCCCCUCAGGACCCACCAUGCCCCUCUCCGGAGAUGAGUUUAUCUGCCCCAAGUUCCAGCCCAACAUCUUCGACCCCUCCCGCUGCCACGACUGCCUGCGUCAGAGGCGCCUGCACGCCGGCGCGCUGGACAGCGCAGAGACGCAGCAGAAACCCACAGCGGAGGCUGGAAUCGGGUCUGAGGCUGGCAAAGACACUGGGAUCGGAUCAGGCAAAGGAGUGCAGUUAACACCGAUCCCAUCGCAGGCGGAGGAAAGAGACACCAGCAGCAAGGAGGACUCUGACGGCCUGUCGGUAGUGAGCAGCUGCUGUGACGUCAACGGAGGCCGUCUGGGUUAUAGGGAGAGCUCUUUGUGCAUCCUGAGUCCCGGUGGUGAGCUUUAUAUCUGUGACGACGACGAAGACAGCACCGACAGCUGUCACGACCGUCGACACUACCAAGAGUUCAGCGGCUCUGUCAGCACAGAAGACGAUUACCCGCCAAUCCGUGGGCGUUCGGCCGACCUCAUCAUGACCCGGCUCGACCCUCCACCGCAUCGGCCCAGCCCUCGGGCCUGGAUGGACGAAGCUCGGACCAGAGACAGUUUCAAGGGUCAAUCAGGGUUAAGAGACGACGUGCAGAAGCGAGAAAGUGGGUACUUCUCCCUGGGGAGGGCAGCGGGUGUCCAUUCGCUACGUGAUAAAGGGCCGCCUGCUCCGUUCCGCCAUUUUGAGAGAGGACAUCCUAUCUUCAGCAGCAGAAGUGUGGAGCCCAAAGACACCGUCCCUUUCAGAAACCCUAAUCUCGGUGUGGCCUCUGAAAGGCAAACGGCGGAGGGUCUAAAUGAUGACUUGUCUUGGGAAAUUGCGCCUUCGUCCCACUAUGAAAAUGCCGUUGAGGUUGAGGCUCGGGUUGGUCCCCGUUCUCCGAGUCCUACUCCUUUUAAGGUAGCGGAGUCGCUGGCCUCAAAGGGGCGAAAAGGUUUCAGCAGUACCUAUGGUCGGGGAAACCCUUCUACUGAUGCAUCCACCUAUCAUCAGUCAGGACGCUUUGAGUCCUCAAGGCAAGGCUCGACUCUGCCAUCUCGUUCUUCUUCUCCUUCUCGUGGAGACCUACCGUUCAGACGCAACGAGUCGGCCGCUUCUUUCAGCAAGCAUAACUUUGAUGGUGGAGGGUGGUCUCAAGGGACGGCUCCAGGAUCCAGAAACUCAAUGCAAAGCUCCCACGGUCGACGCCUCGAGUCAGGAACUUUGCCAAGAAACUUUAAAUCAUCUGCUGUUUUGGUCAAACCCCAGAUCAGCGCUGUUUCUGAUUUCCGGAGUGCCUUAAGGAGAACUGAAGCAAACGGGUCUUUGGGUGGUCGAGGUUGUGAGAGCAGGAGCUCGUCUCCCUCGAGGAGGGACCCUUCAGGCCAGAUUUCUUUCCACAAAACGGAACUCACCAGCAGUUCCUCUCGUGGAUGCCGGAGCGACCCUCGGACUUCAUCUCCAUCGAGGAGAAUGUCCGACAGUCACAGACACUCCCCGCCAAGGAGAAAUUACAACUCGUCUAGCCAACCGUCCCUUCAUAAAUCUGAUUCAACUCUGUCUCUAAGCGGACGUGGGCACCACGGGCGCUGUGGCUCCCCCAUAAGAGAAGGCUAUGAUAUUGGGAGCCAGGCUCAGCUGCGUACCCCAUCAGCUAAGAAUGGAGUGAAUGACCAGGAACAUGAAAGCCCCAUUGUGACCACAUCCAGGCAAGGUUACCCCACAAGUCCAUCAGUUCUUCGUAAGACGGAAUCAAGCGUUGUGGCCGGCAGUCGAGGUUGUACCGUCCGUUCUUCCCCUCCUGGAAGGAGAGGCAAUGAAAGCCCUACUCCGCAUCAGCUUAGGAAAACAGACACCGGUAGUUCUUCACACGGCCGUGGUCGUGAGAGCCGCACUUCCUCACCUUCGAGGAGAAGCUAUGAAGCUCCUUCUCGGUCCUUGCAGCGCAAGUCCGAGGCACACAGUUCCGUCCGAAGUCGUGAGAGCCAAUAUCUGUUCCCCUCAAGAAAAAGCUAUGAUGCUCCUGAUCAGCGCUCACAGCGGAAAGAAGAUACUGGCUCCUCCCUGAACACCAAGAGUCACAACAGCCGCGACUCCUCUCCCGCUAGAAAAGGUAGCAGUGACCUGCCAGGCUACUCGAUCCUCAGACUGGCCACCAACGGAGAUUCCAACCGUUCCCCCCAGAGAAAAAAACCCUCCCAUGACUCAAAACCUGACCCCAAUCGCUCACCGCGCUCCUGCCGGGGGUCGACUCAUUCGCUCCGCAGCUCCUCGUUGUCUCGUGCUGCUUCACCGUCCAGGCAGACCACGAAUGGCGGCAGAACAGCAUUCGUCACCUUGGAAACACCCGGGAGCCCCGGCAGCAUCAGGUCUGGGGUUGGAAGGCGGAGCCAUGUCCAUCGUUGCCCCUCCCCUAAUGACAAGAGGCCCUCCCACCGCGCACGGAGCCCGUCUCCGGCACCUCAGAUUCAACUGAGGAAGCACACCUCCUCCCAGAGCUCCAUGGAGUCCUCGGAGUCGGUGGGGUCAACUGGACGGAAUAGGGAGGAGUACGCCACGUUGGCAGACGUGCCGAAGGUCAAAAUCAUCCAUUACAGAGAAGAGCCAGAGCACGUGGGUCGGACUCAGAACCAGCAGCCUUCUCGGAGACAGGAGCUCUUUAAGCCAGCCAGCCACUCCCUGAGCAAGCAUCCCUCCAGAGAGUGGGAAGACGCAGGGGACACGGACAGAGACUGGCACUGCGGUGGCAGUGGGUAUCUAUCUCGAGCCCACUCCUCCACCUCAUUGCAGAGGUCCGCCAGUCCCACAGCAGAUGAGGGCAGUAACCAGCACAGACCAGAACACAUGCAGGUACGUGGCCAGUGUGUUCACUGUCAAUGCGCGUGUGGAAACAACCUCGUUGCAACCCGGUGGAUUCUCCCGCCAUCACUAAUGUUUGUAAUGGACACAAAAAACCGUCGUUAUAUCGUCCUUUAUCGUCCUAUUUUCAAAAAAAACCACAUGGUAUCUUAUUUGCCGCGUUGUCACAGGUGCGGUCUGGAACAGUAAAGGUGUCCUAGCCGCUCACCUGUCUGCAGCCUGGUCGGUGUCUCACUGCACCGACACCCCGCAGGCGCUUCUCUGCGCGCCGCGCUUUGGCAGCUGCGGUCUGCUGGGGCUUGUGUUGAAAUUCCUGAACUGAAACCAAGAGAGGGUUUUUUUUUUUUUGCAAGAGGGGGGGGGGUGCCACCUUGUCCGCAUGCGCAAAAAUAUCGUCAGUCAGAAAAAAAAUAUCACAAAUGAAUUAACUUAGUUUUGCGCGUUUGGAGAGCUCGGGGCUGUCAAACGUCUCCGUGCCAAGGACGCGCGCGGGUUUAGGGAGGGGGGGCACGUUAAAGUAAGAGUGUCUGUCCUCAGGAAGACGUCGCGGCCCCCGCUCGUCUGAAGCCACCGGCGGCUCAGCGAGGUGCAGCGGGCUUGUUUGUGAAAACGAUCUCCGCGGAUCCGCCCAGGAAGUGGCGGAAAGGGCAGAAAGAGCGAGACAGCGAGAGAGAGAGAGCGAGGAAAAGAAAGCGAG